GGUGAAUUGAGUCUCCAGAAACAGAAACAGAGGCCACUGAACUCUCUCUCUCUCUCUCUCUCUCUCUCUCUGCGUGUGUGUGUGAAUUUGGAGUGUUGUGACAAUGGAAUCGCAGUCCGAUCAGAAAAAGGAGGCCACCAUAAUCGACGGCAAAGCAAUCGCUCAGACAAUCCGAUCUGAAAUCGCUUCCGAAGUUCGCCAUCUUUCCGACAAAUACGGCAAGGUCCCAGGACUGGCUGUAGUCAUUGUAGGCACAAGGAAAGACUCUCAAAGCUAUGUGAGCAUGAAGAGGAAAGCUUGCGCUGAAGUAGGGAUUAAGUCGUUUGAUGUGGACCUUCCGGAACAAGUACCAGAAGCUGAAUUGAUUGGCAAGGUCCACGAGUUGAAUGCAGAUCCUGAUGUACAUGGUAUAUUAGUUCAACUUCCUUUGCCGAAACACAUAAAUGAAGAGAGAGUUUUAAGUGAAAUCACCAUUGAGAAGGAUGUAGAUGGCUUUCAUCCUCUGAACAUUGGCAAGCUCGCCAUGAAAGGCAGAGAACCUCUGUUCCUUCCUUGCACCCCCAAGGGAUGUCUUGAGCUUCUAUCACGGAGUGGUAUUAGCAUAAAGGGAAAGAAGGCAGUUGUGGUGGGUAGAAGUAACAUAGUUGGACUGCCCGUUUCACUAUUACUUUUGAAGGCAGAUGCCACGGUUACUGUUGUCCACUCACAUACUCAUGAUCCAGAGAGCAUCAUCCGUGAAGCAGACAUUAUUAUCGCUGCAGCAGGACAAGCAAUGAUGAUUAAAGGCAACUGGAUCAAACCUGGUGCUGCAGUUAUUGACGUGGGAACAAAUGCUGUAGAUGAUCCAAGUAAAAAGGCAGGAUAUAGACUUGUGGGAGAUGUGGAUUACAAGGAAGCAUGUAAGGUUGCAGGAUGGAUAACUCCGGUUCCUGGUGGUGUUGGCCCGAUGACUGUAGCUAUGCUACUCAAGAAUACAUUGGAGGGUGCCAAGCGAGUAAUUAAGCAGUGAACUAACAAUGUCAAAGCUUUUAGUUGGAUGUUGCUUGUUUUGAAAUUACAAAUUUGUUGAAGUCGCUUCUCUAAUGUUCAGUGAUUGUGCACAUUUUUUCCCUCUUUGAUCAAUGAUGAUUAUGCUUGUUUAGUGUUGUAA